AUGGGUUUGAUCAUGAUCUCCAACCAGUACCAGUGCCUGGUAGUGGUCCUCCUCCUGUGCGCAUCAGCGUGCGGAUCCGGUGCGCCAGCAGCAAGAAUGAAGGUGGCGGUGGAUGGCGUGGUGUACUGCAAGGUGUGCAUCCGCAACCCGAACAACAGCUUCCACCUGGAGGCGAUAAUGGCUCCUAUGGAAGGGGCGGUGGUGAAGCUGCAAUGCAACAACACAAACAAGGGUCCUUGGGAGUUGGAGACGAAGACCGAUGGCAACGCCCGCUUCUUGUUCAAGCCGGAGAGGGAGAGGGUCAGCAGCUGGGGGGCCCACAAGUGCAGGAUCUUCUUGGUCUCGUCUCCAUGGUCCGACUGCACCGCCCCCCAUCGGAAACCCUUACUUUGA